AUGCUCCUGCCAUCUCCGUCGCUCGCGUCGGUCGAUCCGGAGACGGACGAAUGGCUCAAUCACCCAGAGGCGAAGGAAAUGUUCGCAAUAUCCUUCGCGCUCGGCAGUCUCACCCGUCUCGACAUGGCGCAGGCGGAGGGUUUGCUGGGAAUGUUUGAGGAGCUCAUGCUCGAGCGGGAAGACAUCAGGGUGUAUGCCAAGAUAAUGCGGAUGGGGAGGUAUGAGCUUCCGAUGGUGCAGGAGAUGGUGGAGAGGCUAGGCGGGCACAGGAUAAAAGUGGUUGAGUGGAUGAAGGCGGAUCCGGUGGUGCUUCUCCGGACGGGGAAGGUGGACCUGGCGAUUCACCAUGCGGGAAGUAACUCCUAUCACGAGGCUUUAAGCUUGGGAGUUCCCCAGAUCGCGGUGUCGAGCUGGCUUGACUGCUAUGACUUUGCCGUCCGUCGUAUCGAACAAUUGGGUAUCGGAAAACCUGGUUUCACCCCCUCGGAGCUCCUCUCGACCAUCCACUCUGUCCUUGCCGACUACCCCAAAAUUAAGGCUCGCGCGAUAGAAUGUGCUGAGGUUGCCGCAAUGGCUGGAACGGAUGUCAAGGCUCAUGAUGUACAUCUAUGCUCUUUCGCACCAGCCCGGAAGCGGUCCCCCAAGGGAGCCAUCUUCCACGAGAUUUCGGGACUGAGUCAUACUGAAUCGGUCAAGCAGUCCAUGCCUCUUGAGAAAGUUACUGCUCUGCUGCAGCAUCGCCCGACCUUCUUUGGCGUCCUCAAGAUCGUCAAGAACACCCCAUAUGCGCAUUCUCCGUACACCCCAUCGCAAUACAUCAGCAUCACGCGGGAGGUGGAAAGCACGCUCGAAGCGAUCAAGCCUGAUCUCGUGGUGAUCGACUCUCUCUUCCUUUCCGGCCAGGAUGCGGCGCGGAAGUUGGGCUUGGCGCGGAUCAUCCUAUCUCCAAAUGCCUGGAAGGAUAACGCUAUACAUCUGCAAGGUCUCGGCGCGUUCUCAUGGCCUGCCCUAGGCACGGCUUGGCCAUAUCCCCUUCCUAUCUACCUCUGGCCGCUCAACAUCAUCCUCUUACUCUGUCUCGCGCUCACCUUCGAGCUCAGCCCUAGUACCCGAGCGAAGAUGGCAGCACGGAAAGAGGCCGGCUACAAUGGCAACUUCCUCAAUGAACCUGUACAGAUCCGACUCUGCAUGGGUCUCCCACAACUUGAAUUACCCGGUAUCCGCCCUUCCACCGUCAUACCCAUCGGUCCCAUCCUGCUCCCUUCCCCACCCCUCGCGUCCGUCGACCCGGAGCUCAACGAGUGGAUCAGCCAUCCCAAGGGCGAAGGUAUGUUCACCAUCACCAUCGCUCUUGGCUCUCACUGGACGCUACGGGCUGGAGAGGCCGAAGGGUUAUUGAGGAUGUUCGGAGAGCUGCUGGGAAGUAAGGAAGAUGUGAGGAUCUACGCCAAGAUCAUGCGGCGGGGGACGUACCAGCUCCCGCUUCUCGCAGAGCUGCAGGCGGAGUUUGGCGAACAUAGGCUGAGGGUGGUAGAGUGGAUGAAGGCGGAUCCGGUGGUGCUCCUCAGGACUGGCAAGGUGGAUCUGGUGAUCCAUCAUGGGGGAAGCAACUCAUACCACGAAGCCCUGAGCUUGGGCAUCCCGCAGAUGGCAAUUGCGAGCUGGUUUGACUGCUAUGAUUUUGCCGCUCGGAUCGAGACGCUGGGCAUAGGAAAAUGGGGAAAUCGUAAGGCAGGGCCAGGAUUCGACCCUGCCGAGAUACUCGGCGCCAUUCGCGCCAUUAUCGCUGACUAUGCUCACAUCAAGGCCAAUGCUGUCCGCUGUGCCGAUGUGGCUGUUGCGGCUGGGACGGAAGUGAAGGGCCAUGAUGGCCUGGAGCUCACCGUUCCAAGAGGGGAAGGGGGUUUAAGCAUACAAGGGAGGGACGUGGCGGCGGAGUGGAUCUACAGGAAGGCUCGGAGCUGUGUGGCCUAG